AUGUCCAGCGCAAGGAAUUUCUCCUUUGAAACUCAGGAUGAUCAUACCAUGAACAGUCAAACGCAAGAGCGACAGGAAUAUAAACCUCAGUACUACCAUCCAUAUCAUGACACCCCAUCUCGGGGUAUCAUUUCGCCUCCGCCCAGAUACACCUCAACAUCACCUCAACCUCCUCCGGUCACUGGUUCUCCUUCCACCUCGCCGCGCAGGCGUCCAAUCCCUUCGGAUUCCCAUCUUCUCGGCGAAUCGUCUGAUACAAGGGGCCGUCCAAGCCAUCCAGAAUACGACGACGUCCUUGCACCUCCACCCCCGCCUCACCGGGCCAGCCCGACCAGGCUUUCAAGGGAGGACUCUGGCUUCUCACAAUCUCACCAGCUCUACUCGGACACAAAUCCCAGAAUGGAGACCUUGAGGGGACAAUCGGCAGAAGAGGGGUUUGGCUCGGUGCCACGAGAUAUAGUAGACCGCAACCAUCUGGAAACUGGGCAAGACGCCAUGCGGUCAGUUCCUCAGUCCUAUUCCCCGUACGAUCGAGAUUAUCCUCGCGAGAUCAACCCAUACCGCCAGCAAGACACUCCCCCGCGCUUGCCCCAGAGAAGUUCGUACGGGUCUUCACUACCUCUUGCCGCUGGGGCCGCUACACCGGGCAACCUCACUCCCACUCCUUCCCUAGGUCCCACUUCGUCUGUCUUGUCUGGCAGAAGCAUUCCCUUGGAGGAGUACCAUUCGAAUUCCAGCCAUCCCGCAUUCUACUCCAACUAUCAAGAUUCGCCAUAUCAAAACCCGUACAACCCUAAUGCGAGCUCGGCAAACAUCAUGCACCAAGCCAGCAUCAACCCCAACAAUAUCCUUGAUGAUGGAGAUGAUGGCUUUAUGCAUGACCAACAACCGUCGAGCAAGAUGGUGACCGAUUCGAACUUGGGCAAUGCGGCCGCCAGCGCUGGAGGCGCUGGCGCUCUCAAAGGGUUGUUCGGCCGCAAAGCAAAGAACUACACUCCGAGCGGAACAUAUGACCCUGUUGGUGCAGGUUCAACCCCCGAGAAAAGUGAGUGGUUGUCACGACAGACAAAGGGAAGGCGGAAAAUGGUAUGGGUGGGAGUCGGAAUCGGAUUGGUGAUUGUCAUCGCCAUAGUUGCCGGUAUCGUUGGCGGUGUUCUUGGAACUCGAGACUCUGACGAUUCGAGCGGUUCGUCAAGCGGCGACACCAACAACGCAAACUCUGACACGGCAGCUAAUGGUGAUCUUGGAAAGGAUUCUGCAGAGAUCCAGGCUUUGAUGAACAACAAGAAUCUGCACAAGGUUUUUCCUGGUAUGGAUUAUACACCUUGGGGCACACAGUAUCCUCUGUGCCACACCUACCCUCCGUCUCAGAACAACGUCACUCGAGACAUGGCCGUGCUUUCACAGUUGACCAAUGCCGUUCGUCUUUAUGGCACCGACUGUAAUCAGACCCAGAUGGUCCUCCACGCCAUUGACCGACUGGAGUUGACGGACAUGAAGGUGUGGAUGGGCGUGUGGAUUGACACCAACCAAACGACGACCAAUCGGCAAUUGGAUCAAAUGUACAAAAUCCUCGCAGACACCAAGGAUCUUUCCAUUUUCAAAGGCGUUAUUGUCGGCAAUGAAGCCCUGUACCGUGCGGGCGAGGACAAAUCCCAAUCAGAACAGGAACUCAUUGACAUCCUAAAGGACGUCAAGUCUCAAUUCAAGACCAAAAGCUACGAUCUUCCCGUUGCAACGUCGGAUCUGGGUGAUAACUGGAACGGCCAGCUCGUCCAGGUUGUUGACUAUGUCAUGUCCAACAUCCAUCCAUUCUUUGCUGGAGUCACCGCUGAAGUGGCCUCCAGUUGGACCUGGGAUUUUUGGCAGACCCACGAUGUUGUCUUGACACAGAGCUUGCCUGACGUUAAACAAAUCAUCAGCGAGACUGGGUGGCCAAGUUCGGGAGGGAAGGAUUGCGGUGGAAGUGAUGGAUCGUGUGCUUCUGGGCAGAGCGGUGCCGUGGCCAGCGUGGACAACAUGAAUACCUUUAUGGAGACUUGGGUGUGUCAGGCGUUGGAAAACGGAACGGACUACUUUUGGUUUGAAGCAUUCGACGAGCCCUGGAAAGUGAUCUACAAUACCGACACGCAGCAGUGGGAGGAUAAAUGGGGUCUAAUGGAUCCUGGACGGAAUUUGAAAUCCGGACUACAGAUUCCUGACUGUGAUGGGAAAACCGUCGGAUCGUGA